AUGGAGUACAUGGGCUCCAGAGAUGACCUUAUAUCCAGCGGAUACACAGACAGCAGGAGGAUCAGCACUGCAAUGGACAGAGAACAUGGUCUGCCCGCUCAAAAUGGCCAUGUUGUGAGGAGAGAGGACUCCAGAUGCUCUCUGUUUCUGGACUCAGGGACAUCAGACAGCAUGGAGCUGCAGAGACGGUACUCCACCAUGAGCAGCAGCCCCGCGCCUCCCAUCGGCAGACUGGGACCGUACGAGAUUAAAGGCCUCCUGCUCUCCUUCCUGCACAUCGUCAAGACUUUGUCAGAGGACACUCUCAUGGCCUACUGGAACAAAGUCAGCCCUCAAGACAUCAUGAACUUCCUCAGUUUGCUGGAGACCUGUCUGGUUCAGCUCCGUUACAUUGGCAAAAGGAACAUUGGCCGGAGUCAGGAGAUUUGCGCGUCAAAACUUUUCUCGUCAGACAGGAAGUCUCAGACGAUGCCAGCUAUGCGCUGCAACCGAGCCAGUCUCAUGCAGACGAAGUUAAACCAGUUCAGCACCAUGGAAGCCUCCCUCACUCUCAAUAUAGGGACGGGGCCAUCCGAAGCAGAGAUCCACCAUCAGGCUGUGCUGGAGGGAAACAUCUCCACGGAGGUCUCUCUUAGCGUCCUGGAUGUCCUUGCUUUUUUCACUCAGUGCUUCAAGACCCAGCUGCUGGACAGCGACGGUCACAACCCCCUGAUGAAGAAAGUGUUUGACGUUUACCUGACCUUCCUGAAAGUCGGCCAAUCGGAAGCGGCCCUCAGGCACGUGUUCGCCGCGCUAAGGGCUUUCAUAAACAAGUUCCCGUCGGUGUUGUUUAAGGGCCGCGUGACGCUGUGUGAAGCUCUGUGCACCGAGGUCCUCAAGUGCUGCGUCUCCAGGAUGGGGUCUCUAAGGGCGGAGGCGUCCGCCCUGCUCUACCUGCUGAUGAGAAACAACUACGAGUACACCAAGAGGAAGACCUUCCUACGCACGCACCUGCAGAUCAUCAUCGCUGUGAGUCAGCUGAUCUCCGACGUGGCGCUGACCGGCAGCUCUCGCUUCCAGGAGUCUCUCUCCAUCAUCAACAACUUUGCAAACAGUGACAAACUCAUGAAGUCCACGGCGUUCCCCUCUGAAGUAAAGGGUCUGACCAAGCGGAUCCGCACGGUACUGAUGGCCACGGCCCAGAUGAGGGAGCAUGAGAAAGACCCGGAGAUGCUGCUGGACCUCCAGUACAGCCUGGCCCGGUCCUACGCCAGCACCCCCGAACUGAGACGCACCUGGCUGGACAGCAUGGCCCGAGCACACCUGAAGAACGGAGAUCUCUCCGAGGCGGCCAUGUGUUACGUUCAUGUGGCUGCGCUGGUUGCAGAAUACCUGUACAGGAAAAAGUUGUUCCCGAGCGGCCUGGCAGCUUUUAAGAAGAUAACCUUAAACAUCGAAGAGGAAGCUGCCAUGAGGGAAGACACCGGAAUGCAAGACGUCUAUUACACCGAGGAGGUUUUGGUCGAACACUUGGAGGUCUGUGUGGAGGCGCUGUGGAAAGCCGAACGCUAUGAGCUCAUCACGCACAUUGCCAAGCUCAUGAUCCCCAUCUAUGAGAAGCGCCACGAGUACGAGAAGCUAAGCCGACUGUACGACAGCCUGCACAGAGCGUACAACAAAAUAAUGGAGGUGAUUCAUUCGGGCCGCAGGCUGCUGGGUACAUACUUCCGCGUGGCUUUUUACGGACAGGGUUUCUUUGAGGAAGAGGACGGGAAGGAGUACAUCUACAAAGAGCCCAAACUCACUGGCCUGUCUGAAAUCUCUCAGCGGCUGAUGUCACUGUACGGGGAAAAGUUUGGGCCGGAAAACGUCAAGAUAAUCCAGGACUCAAACAAGGUGAACCCCAAAGACCUGGACCCCAAGUUCGCCUACGUCCAGGUGACAUUCGUCAAGGCGUACUUUGAGGACAAGGAGGCCCCAGAGAAGAAGACUGACUUUGAGAAGUGCCACAACAUCAACCGCUUCGUGUUCGAGACCCCUUACACGCUGUCGGGCAAAACGCACGGCGGGGUGGAGGAGCAGUGCAAGAGGAGGAGCGUGCUCACAACUGCCAACACAUUCCCUUACGUGAAGAAGCGCGUGGAGGUGGUCGGGGAGAAGCAGGUGGAGCUGAAGCCGGUGGAAGUGGCCAUAGAUGAGAUGACGGCUCGAACGGCCGAGCUGACCAAACUGUGCUCCAGCCAGGAAGUGGACAUGAUCCAACUGCAACUCAAACUGCAGGGCUGCGUCUCGGUGCAGGUGAAUGCAGGUCCCAUGGCCUACGCUAGGGCUUUCUUGGAUGACAGUAAAUCCAACCAGUGUGGCAACAAGAAAGUUAAAGACCUCAAGGACAUUUUCAGGCAAUUUGUCCAGGCUUGCAGUAUGGCUCUAGACAUAAAUGAGCGGAUUAUCAAAGAGGACCAGUUUGAGUACCAUGAGGGCCUAAAGUCCAACUUUAAAGAAAUGGUAAAGGAGCUCUCUGACAUCAUCCACGAGCAGAUCUUCCAGGAGGAUAUGAUGCGCUCGCUCUUACAAAACUCCCACCAUGUGUUCCGUGCCAUCAGCGGGACGACCCCCAACCUGGGCUGACCUUCCUCGGCUGCAGCAGUUGGAUGUACUAAUCAAACUACAGUAGCAGUAUUUCAGAGAAUGUAUCACUGCAACACCUGGUUUGGGUUUUAAGCAGAGUCAAGCUAGGUUGCACCUUUUUCUGCAUUUGCAAAAAUACUGCAGGAUUAAACUGUUAUUUUUUGUACUAAAGCAAAGCAAUUUUUCCAGUCCUCUCUUUGCUAAGAUGCCUUUCCGGUCUAUGCAGGACAAGCUUCUUCCAGAAUUCAUUUUCACCUUCUUGAGUCAUCUUUAAGAAGACAAACGCAUAUUUCUAUUGUACCACAAGGAACUAUGUGAACUCAACCGGUUCUGCAUUAAAAAAAAAAAGUAUUUGAGAUACUCAGUCAAGCCAAGAGUUUAUAGACUGCUGGCGCAUUCCAGCCAGGUUACAAGAUUGUGAAACAGAUAAAUGACAGAUCUUAUUGUGAGCACCAGGUUUGUUUUAAAGACAAAUGCCUUCUCGAUGUGUUCAGACGCUAAAGAAAGAGAGACAGACCUGAGGGUUAUAAAGCUGCUCUUCAGAGGGGUUUGCAUAGUGUAGAGGAUUACGAUUACAUUGUAAAGGUCAAGAAAUACGUAUAAGAGGUGAUGAAUAAGAAUAGAUUAUAAUUGCAAAUCAGAGCUUCAGAACAAUCACUAAAACACGUCUUCUUUAUGGGCUAAAAAAGGACACACCGGGAUGGAAUAAUAUUAACUUCAGAAAAUAAGUGAAUCCUCUCAUCUGGGUUAAAAUCCAGUGCCUUUGCCAUCUGAAGAAAAAAUGUAAGAAGACCUUCAUCAUAUGCUGGUUAUAAACAGUAUUUCACAAGUGCUACACUGUAAUUAGCAGAGAGAUUAAUCAUAUUUAAGGAAUUGUACAUAGCCAUGCUGUAAAAUGAAUUCUGUAUCUUUGUUUGUUUGUAUUUAUAUUUGUAAUAUUUUGGACUCGGUCCAGACCUGUCCUAGCAAUGAGAUUUUUUCAUUUGAAUUGCAUUGUACAGUAUACUAAAGUUCAGCUGCUUGUUAAACUUUCUUUGUAAAACCAUUUUCCAAUAAAACCCGGAGAAACGAUCAA